AUGCGGCGUCUCUUCUUGUUUGCUCCGUUGCUCCUUCUGUACUGCACCCUUGUCACUCUUGCUGUGACAGAGCACCACCGCUGCAUACACGACAGAGUGAUGAUGCAUGUUGGUGCCGAAUUUAAUGGUGAUGAUUGCUUACUUGGAAUGACAACCGAGAGCCGUCGUAGGGAUCCCAAGGAAAGUGCUGAUUCGUUUGAACCUAAGAAAGCCAAACUUCCCAUCAGAAAAGAUCCUCAGGAAGGAUGGGAACCCAUUCGCAUUAAACUUGUCUCUGAUCAUUUGAAAGAGGGGGCACAUCACUGUUCAGAUGGUGUCAGUACGAUCAAAUUCUUUUUGAAAGAUAACUUUACUUGCAAAGAAGAUGAUAUCUUGACGGCAGAGAAAAAGAAAAUUCUUGUUGAUGAGAUUCUCCCUGAGGCAAUUAAACUGCACAAGGAACGCCUUUUUGUUAAACGAUUGAAUGGUUCUAUUGUCGUGCCGAAUUUCUCUGAUGAGAAUCUUUGCUCCAAGUUCAUACCGGAAGAGUAUAAGGACAAAACCAGGAAUUUUUCCGGUUAUGAUAUGGUGCUUUUUGCUGCUGCUGCCCCAACUCCUAAAGGAACAUUCGCGUGGGCGGCAACAUGUGCGACAUUGGGUCGUAAUGGUCGUCCAGUUAUUGGAAUCAUCAAUUACGGUCCACGGUAUAUUGUGGCCACACCACAGCGUGUCCGCGUUGCUGCUCAUGAGAUUGCUCAUGCACUUGGUUUCGAUCUCGAGGUGAUGGAAAGUAAAAGCAUGGUGCGUAGAGGUGUUACAUUGCGUGAGAAAACAAUAAUUUCGCUUGUCACUUCUGACAACACACGGAGAGAGACCAUGAAGCAUUAUAAAUGUGAUUCUGCAAAGGGCAUGGAACUACAACGUCUGGUGAUUGAGCAAAAAUCAAAGGAGGAAAAAGGACCUCUCAGUGGAACGAGUUCUGUUGUAUCAAGUCAGUCUGCGCCAACACCACAUAGUGCACAAGCAGCAGCCAUCCUCGCUCAGGUUGCAAGUGUACAAGAGGAAUAUGAGUUGGGAGAAUCACACAGUAAUGUUAUUGAUGGUCGUUUGACAGCAAAGGAGUCUGUUGACAGUGUUGUGCAAGAGAGACGUGAAGAAGAGGGUUCCAGUGAUGCCAAGUUUACACAGAAUGUACAUCAUUCAUCAAAUGUCUUCUCGAAAAGACGUUCAUUAUACGCACAAACCGCAAUGAUGGCAUCUGAACCCUCGAGCCAAUGCGCCACUCGCCGCAAAGAAUUGGAGGGUGUUGCAGAUACAAUGAAAGUUGUCGAGACAACACGAUUUCCACUACACUACAGAGGUUUUAGGACACUGUCACACUGGAGUCGCCGUAUUGCAAAGGAUGAGUUGAUGGUUGGUCUCGUCGGUGCUGGGUACUACACCGCACUCACAUUGGGAGCUUUCGCUGAUCUGGGCUACUACAAAGUUAAUUGGACAAUGGCAGAGCAGAUGAGUUGGGGCAAUAAAGCUGGUUGUGAAUUCUUGAAUGAUAAAUGUGUGAAGGAAGGCAGUACUAAAUUCCCUGAUAUGUUCUGCACAACCGAAUCCACUGAGGGUCCUGAGUCACUACAGUGCACAUCUGACCGCCAGUCGCUGGGGAGUUGCAGCAUCACAACGACAACCGAUGGGAAUCCCCUUCCCGAGCAGUUCCAAUACUUUUCAGAGAACAAAAAGGUUGGUUCACGACCUCCUCAAAUAAUGGAUUACUGCCCGUUUAUUAUGGCAUUACCGCAAAAGAGCUGCACCGAUGGGGAUCAGAGCAAAAUGCCUGGAAGUGUAAUUGCUGCCAACUCGCGCUGUGUGCAGGGGGAGAAUCUAAAGGCUAAAAAUGCAGCAGUUGGUGCCGUGUGUGUGGAGGUGUCUUGCAAGUUCAACAAGGUAAUUGUGCGGUACAGUGGAAACGAUAAUUGGUACAGUUGUCCUGAAGGAAAAAAUCUAACUGUGAAUGGGGAUGUACUGAAUGGUAAAAUUGUGUGCCCCAAAUACGCUGAUGUGUGCAAUACAAUCAACAAAACUCUGGAUGAAUCACAAGGUCCAGCAACAGACCCAGACAUUGUUGAAGCAAUCCAAACAAGUCUACCAGAAGCUGAGACCACUGAAACCACCAAACCAAGUGAAAGAGCUGGUGCAGGUAACAGUGGAGGAACAAACGAGAAUGUUACUGGGCCAGUGGUAGAAAAUGAGGCAAGUACGACCAUGGAAUCAAACCCCAGCGAAACUAAGGAAGAAGGUAAUACCUCAUCUGUGAGUGGGCAGAAUAAUAAAACUACUGCAAAAAAAGGCACUGAUGGUACUUUUAAAGCUUCUUCUUUUGCAAGUGUUAUGUUUGUUUUCUUGAUACUCUCUGUGAUAAUGGUUCCAUGA